UUUGAUAAAUGUCAAUGUUAUCAUCACCAUCUGCAGGUAGUUACCCCGGCCCCAUUGCCUGUUUUGCUCUGCCUCAUCGUAGCAUGGGACAGGACGUUGGUUUUGAUUCUAUUGAAUAUCCCAUAGUUGUUUUGAAAAACCCUUGCAAAUUAUUGUUUGCUGGUACAAUCAUAGCCAAUAGGAGAACUUUUCUCUAUUGACUGUGAAUACCGUGCAUUCAAUUUCAUUACCAUUUGUUAAUUGCAUUGAACAGGCAUUGAAAUCUUGAAAUGAGGUCUUGGUAGAUCUGGAAAAAGUUCGAUAAAUCUCCAUUGACCAAAAACACUCGAAAGAACUUAUUAACAGCAAAUAUUUACAAUGUGUACAAGAAGAAAGAAAAGCAUGAUAUGCUGUCACCCGGAUUCUGUGAUCUUGCAAGGAGUAAUAACGCGAAAAAUAGUCAGGAAAAAUAGUAAAGCGACACGACGACGAGAAUCCGAUGUAAUGAAACAUAAGUUUUAAAAAGAUGAAUUUUAAUACAUUGAAUUCUGUCGUGUCGCUUUGUCCCUGACUAUAUUUCAAUAUUUACAAAGCUGCUGAAGGAGAGAAACGCAGCUGAAAAGACGAACGAAACCUCGAUCUCGUGGUCACGCACUUGGCCUAGGCCUAGCCAACAUUAAUAAAUUUAAAUGUUGCAGUUUUCCUAUUUCGUUGAAAAUGGCAGCCAGUGACAAUUCAAGACAGAGAUUGAAGGCUCAAUCGAAAAAACUACCACAGAAGAAUAGAGAAAGCAAGACUGGGAAAGGAAAAAGCAAAAAUUAUGUAUACCUGAAGUUUGCAUCAAUUGCAAUUUUGUCCUUUGUUGUGAUAGCAGGCAUAAUUUUGAUCAGCAGUAAGGAUUCUUUCAUUGGAAAAAAACCUCAACCAAGUAAAGAGGAACAGAGAAAGCCAAAGGACACCCCAAAGACCACCCCAAAGACCAAAACAAAGGAUGCUCCAAAACCCAAAGCUGAUGAUCUUAAGAAACUUUUAAACAAGCAUGAUAAAUCUAUAAGCGAUGUAUUAAGAAAAGCUACCAAAAUGUUAGAUGGUAAGAGAAUUGAUGAUGCUGUCAGAGAAUUUUCAGUUUUAUCUACGAAAUACCCCAAAAGCCCAUAUGCAAGAUAUGGAAAAGCAAAAGCAAUUGAUGAAGAGGCCGAGAAAAAAAGAAGCAAUGAGCUCCUAUUGGAAGCAAUAAAGCUUUUUAAUACUGUACCAGAUAUUGAAGAUUGCCCAUCUACGUUGAAGAAACUUGCUCUGCUUAGAAGUGCAGAAAGGCUAUCAUUUCUUGGAAAACCUUUGGGAGCAGUGAGAGUAUUAGAAAAGCUUGUAGCAUUUCUUCCAUCCGAUCCAGAUGUUAACAGAGCACUAGGAGUGCAGUACUUGCUGGCUGGUGAAACAGCCAAGGCCUUGGCUCCAUUUGAGAAGGUAAAGCUUAUUGCAUCAUGAGUUCUAAAGACAAUU